AUGGACUCUCAUGGCUCGCAUGUUGGGCCUGAAGUCAUAGAACUUGCAAAGCAAAAUGAAAUCUACCUUAUGACUUUCCCUGCACACACGAGUCAUUUAUUUCAACCCCUUGAUGUAGGAGUUUACAAGUCUCUGAAAAGUGUCUGGGCUAAAUUGUUGAACAAUCACAUGUUACUGAACCCAAACAACAUGCCCAGUCGUUCCCAUUUCCACGAGCUCUUUACUCCUGCAUUUCUGGAAAGUUUCACUCCUCUGAAUAUCAUACACUCAUUCAAGAAAGCUGGGGCUUCUCCUUAUAACCCCAACGUUCUUCCUGCAGAAGCAUUGGCACCAAGCAGGCUCACUGAUCGCUAUGGUCCAUCUUCACCUGCUACUCGUGUUAGGAAGUCAGGCUACUACCUUGUGAUCUUGGGCAAACACUGUCUACCCUUUCUCCAAAGGACCCCUCUGAAGAACAACUGCAUGGUGUAG